UCUUCUACUUCCGGGUCAUUCUGCUCCCCACGCUGUGUUCAGCAUGGCAGCGAAAAACAAGCACCGAAAAAGGCCUAAAGCCGCGCAAAAAGGAGCAUUUUGGAAGAAAGAAAGUGAAGAGGAGCCUGAAAUAAACGGAAAUGAAGAGGAUGCGGACCCAGCAGCCGACGAGACGGAGGAAACCACGGAGGCAGAUGGAGAGGAGCUCAGUUUGGAGGAGGUUUUACGGCUCGGAGGGACUAAGGCUGACUUCGUCCUCCUUGCCGGUCUGGACGACUCCAAUGAGCUUGUAGAUGGAGGAAAAAAAGGAGCCAUCGACGACUUGGAGGACGGAGAGCUGGAGAAAUUCAUAACCGAACUCGGCAUCCGGUCGUACGCCGGGCAGCAGAGCAUCGCAGAUGAACCGGAGGUCAGCUCCCCCGCUGUUGAGGAGAAGGAGAGUAAAAAAGCCAAAGGGAAAACAGAAGGAGAAACAUCCAACACUCACAAAACCACAACACAGACCAAGAAGACUGAAGGCGCUCAGGCUGGGAAAAAAGCAAAGGAGAAAGCAAACGUCUUUGAGUUUUUGCCGAGGCAGAUCUUACUGAUCAAACCUGGAGGGAAGUGGUUUGAAAUGGCGUACGUGGAUGAGACCUCAUCGACCCCUCAGGAUCCCACCGUGGUAAACAAGUACCAGACUCUGGCUCGGCAGCUGCUUGAAGCUGAAGUAAACCUUUACAGGACCAAGAAGAAUCUCCAGAAAGGAGCCAACUCCACCUGGAUGAAGACGGUCGUCUCUUCCGGUGUGCUGGCAGAUCGGAUGGCGGCCAUGACGGUCCUGAUCCAGGACUCGGCGGUGCACAUGCUGGAGCACGUGGAGAGCCUGGUGUCCAUGGUGAAGAAGAAAGGCAGCCGGCGGAUGGGUCUGAUGGCGGUGGACACGCUGAAAGAGCUGCUGCUGUCCAACUUGCUGCCGGAGAACAGGAAGCUUCUCCUGUUUUCCCAGCGUCCCUUUGACCAGUUAGAAGAAAUGGCCAGCGGAAACCGUGACGCCCGCGACCGCCGUCUCAUCCUCUGGUACUUUGAGCACCACCUGAAGCACCACGUGGCGGAUUUCGUGAGCGCUCUGGAAUCUGUGAGCCACGACACGGUUCCGGCGACGAAGGCGAAGGCGCUGGCCACCGCCCACGAGCUGCUGUGCAGCCGUCCAGAGCAGGAGAGGGCGCUGCUCGUACACGUGGUCAACAAGCUGGGCGAUCCGGACUACAAGAUGGCGACCAAAGCGUCGUACCUGCUGGAGACGCUGCUGCACAAACACCCCAACAUGAAGGUGGUGGUGUGCUGCGAGGUGGAGCGGCUCAUGUUCCGGCCAAACAUCGGCGCCAAGGUGCAGUACUACGCCGCCUGCUUCCUCAGCCAAGUCAUCCUGAGCCACGACGAGGCGGAGCUCGCCACCAAGCUCAUCAACAUUUACUUCUCCUUCUUCCGAGCCUGCAUCAAAAAAAAGGACAUUGAGUCGAAGAUGCUUAGCGCGCUGCUGGCGGGCGUGAACCGGGCGUAUCCGUACGCCAGCGCGGGAGACGAGAAGGUGAAGGAGCAGCUGGACACGCUGUUCAAAGUGGUGCAUCUGGUGAAGUUCAACACGGCCGUGCAGGCGCUGAUGCUGCUGUUCCAGGUGAUGGACUCGGAGCAGAGCGUCUCAGAUCGCUUCUACUCCACCGUGUACAGGAAGCUGCUGGACCCCGGGCUGUCCUCCUCGUCCAGACAGAACAUGUUCCUCAACCUGCUGUACAAAAGCCUGAAGGCGGACGUGGUGCUGCGGCGAGUCAAAGCGUUCGUCAAGCGACUCCUGCAGGUCAGCGCCGAGCAGAGCGCCAGUUUCGCCUGCGGAGCGCUCUUCCUCGUAUCAGAGGUCAUGAAGGCCAAGCCAGGUCUGAAGCUGCUGCUGCAGGAGGAAGGGGACGGGGAGGAGGAGGAGUUCAAAGACCUGGAGGAGGAGAAUCAUUUCAGCGAUGAUGAAGAUGGAGAAGAACACUUUCUGGAUGCAGACAAACGGGAGGAAGGAGUGAGCCAGAAGGCCAUGGAGACCAAACCUGCUGCAUCAUGGGUACACCACCAGAACAAAGAAGGAAGGAAAAGCUCCGAGCAGUACGACCCCCUUCAUAGAAACCCGCUCUACUGUGGCGCCGAUCACACCACCUUGUGGGAGCUGCAGAGGCUUGCUCAGCAUUUCCAUCCGUCGGUGUCUCUGUUUGCAGCCACCAUCCUCCAGGGAGAAUCCAUUCAGUACUCGGGCGACCCUCUGCAGGACUUCACCCUCAUCAGGUUCCUGGAUCGCUUCGUCUUCAGAAAUCCCAAACAGCUGAAAGGAAAACAAAAUACAGACUCUGCAUUGUUAAGGCCCAAACAAAGACUUCCUGUCAACUCUUUACCAGUGAACUGCGCAGAGUUUCUAUCCAAAGAAGAAAGUCAGGUUCCUGCGGAUGAAGUCUUCUUCUAUCGUUUCUUUAAGAAAAAGCAGCAGGAGAAGCAGAGCCGCGGGCCGCGAGGUGACAACGAUAACGAGAGCGUGGAGGAGGUGGAUGACGACGAGUUUGAGAAAAUUCUAGACUCCGUGGAGGGAGACUCGUACUUCAUCGAUAUGGCUGAAGACGAUCUGGACUUUGCCGGUAACGUGAAAAGCAAAAAGGGGAAGAAGUCUGCCGAGGAGUCCGAGUCUGACGACUCUGACAUGGAUGACCUGGAUGAUGAGGAGGUGUCUCUGGGCAGCAUGGAUGAAGAGUUCGGAGAGGAGCUGGAGGAGGAAGGAGGAACCUUCAUGGAUCCUGAUGGAGGUGCAGACUUUCAUGAAGAUUCUCCCGAUGAGAUGGACGUUCCGGAUAUUCCUCCUCAAAAGAAGAAAAAGAAGAGGAAGAACGCAGAGGAGCUGGAUUUCUCCGGAUCCUUCGGAUCCAAAAUCAAGAAGUCAAAGAAGGGAGGAGCCGUGUUCGCUUCAGCUGAAGAAUUCGGCUCCCUGUUGGAUGAAAAUGUCGACUCCAAGUUUGACAACAUCGGCCUGAACGCCAUGGCUAACCCGGACAAAGCAGGCCUGAAGCAGCUGAGGUGGGAGGCUGAGCGGGACGACUGGAUCCACGGCCGCGACGCCAAGACGCUGCGCAGGAAGAAAAUGAUGUCCCGGUCCAACAGAGGGAGCAGCAGGACGUUCAGGAAGAAGAAAUGACCACGGUUGCCGUUUUUGCUUGACUGUAAACCUUCAUUCCUGUUUUGCCGACCAGGCUUUAUGGUCUUGUUCCCGGAUGCCGUGUAUUCCAGCCCAUUCAUUGGACUGAUAAUAAACUGGGAAGAAACAAAAAAGCGGAUUCUUAGGGGGGUUGCUCUCCUGCUGAUGGAAAAGUUACUUUUUGUUCUUGUAAAAUUUAAUAAUAUUCACGUUUUCUGUAUCAUUUUUUCCCCCUAAACUUUAAAUACAAUCCCACAUGUUUGUUUAAAAAUUAUCAGUUUAACAUUGCAUAUACUACAAUAUUGUG